AUGAUAGAGACAUCCUCAGCAGGGCCAUCAACCAAUGGCCAGCAGCAGCAGCAGCAGCAUCAAAACGAUGAAGCACAAGAAGACCAUCAAAGCAAACGUUUACGAAGAACAAUUGAACUCAAGCGAAGGGCUACUGAGCUACUCGAAAAUGCCGUUCAACAUACUGCCAUCACGAUGAAGAAAGCCAGGCUUUCAUGCCCUCAGAAACUGAGCCCCGAUAUCGUCAUAAAGCCGACCCCGAAUCUCAAACAACGUUUACUAUCUUUUAAUUUACACAAUUGGAGUGCAAAACCGAAAGAGAUCUCAGUGCAACGCUUCGCACAACACGGCUGGAGUUGUGUGAGUCCGAAUCUGUUGUAUUGUGCAGUAUGUGGUGCAUAUCUAAGUGCUCAACUUCCAUCGCUGACCGAUGUGGAUGACUGCGCUGUGUUUCGAGCAGCUUUACUAUCUAAAAAAAUGGAAGAAAAUUUGAAUCUGAAAGAUGUGAAUAUUAAACAUUUGACAGCAACUGAUCAAGUUCGUAAGAAAUUUGGGAUAUCUGAUCAAAAAAUUGCUGAUUUGGUGUGUUGUGGAUGGAUGAAGAGUGAAAAGGUGCGCGAUGCAAUAGAAUGUGAUUACUGUGCACAUACACUCGGAUUGUGGAUGUAUCGUAAGCAGAACGAACUGGAUGUCGAGCAAGCGCAUUACAACUGGUGUCAAUACACAAGUUUUUCGAACAACUGCGAGCCGGUUUGGCUGUCGCGUUUACAUCUGAUCAACGAUGAAGCACUCUCAUCCAAGAAAACAUCCGUUCAGUACGAAAUGAUCACAAAACGUCAACUACUCGAUGAAACAAUCGCGGCAGUGAACUAA